AUGAGCGCCUUCGGCAAGAUUUUAAGACUGUCGGCGGACAAUUUUGAAGAGGUAAUUGACACUGCAGUAACGGUUAUUUCAAAAGGAGGUAGUGGAUUGAUUAAUAUCGGAAUAAAUCUACGUUUGCAGGGAUUGUUGCCCUUCCCACUGACACUCUUUACGGAGUUUCAACACUUCUUCCGAACUCCGAAAAGCUGUAUGCUCUGAAAAAGCGACCAUCCGACAAACCGCUUGGUAUCUUCUUGCCAUGCUCCGCCAGUGUAAAAUCCGUUGCUCAACAGACAAUUUCAGAUGAACUAGCUGAAAGGUACGUCAUUAUUAUCAUCAUUCUUAAAUAUUUAAUAGAAAGCUAAUAUUCUCUGAAGUUAGUGCUUACUGUAGACCUGCUGUGUUAUUUGCUUCAGAUCAUCACCUUAACUGUUCAGCUUACUACCUGGGCCUGUAACACUGAUGUUCGACCGGCUACCAACGUUGCCGUACUUAUUCAAUCCUGGUGUUCACAAAGUCGCUUGUAGAGUUCCAAACUGUCAAUUAGUCAUGGAUAUAUGCAGGUUUGUAAAAAAAAUUGACUAAAGUUUGAAAAAAGUCCUUAAAGAAGACUUGGACAGCCACUUGCGCAGACUUCUGCGAACUUCAGUGGUUCGCCACAACAUCCAACGUGUAUUCAGCAUUUUGAUGAGCUGAUUCCUGAAAUUGAUUUGGUUAUCGAUUCGGGAGAAAUUUUAACGACGAUGGAAGGCGGAAGCACAAUUGUCGAUCUUUCAAGCAGAGGUUUCUAUAAAAUUAUUCGGGACGGUUGCGCUUUGAAAGAGACUGUUGACAAGCUGCAUUAUUACGGUUUAAAAGAAUCAUCUUGAUUCCGUUUUUUCUUGUUUAUUACGCGGAAGUGGUUAUAAAGUUGUUAUAUUUGACAAGACUUUCUAAAACUGGUACCGCUGGGAAGUCCGAGUUGACGCUCAGAAAAAAAUAAACGAGACAAACGGCGAGGCCUCCUUCCAAGAGUCCGUGACAAAAGGAAAACCAAAAAGGUCGGAAGACAAAAGGUCGGAAAGCCAAAAGGUGACAUGUCACGGACUCGCUUCCGAGCGUCAACUCGGACCGCGCCGCGGGCCCAGCUUCGAAAGUCUUGCGAUUAUUUCAUAAAGGUGUUGCAAUUAUUCGUUUUGCUUUUUACUGGGUUUUUUUAUGAUGUUCAGGACGAUUCGUAUACUUACUUUGCGUUACACAGAUCAGUACUGAAAAGUUUAAAAAUACUUGGAGAUGCCCAAUACGAAUGAGAAAGUUACCAGUGAUCAGUUAGCCACGCUUGAAGGUAUUAUGUCUGUUAAAGUGUUGAAAAUUAUUGUCGAACAAUUUGAAGGUGAAGACUUAAGUAUGCCAGUAUCUCGUUCGAAGUCAACACUAGAUGGCGAUUUCGUCGACGAAAAAGUGAGUACGAGAAGCGUUGAAAAACAGCCAUCACAGUCAUAAAAAACAGUCAUCUUUUCAAUAUCAAUUUUCAUGGGGUUAUUCAGCGUUCUUUUUUUUCGUUUUUUUACGUCAAAAAACUCAAUUCUGCGAUGUAAUAAACCCGGAAGACAAACUAACGCUGAAGAACCCCACAUCGCUGAAUUAGACAUUUUAUGUUUAAAAAACUGGGGAUGCAGAGCAGGCGCCUCACUUUUCUGCAAUGAUCAGUAUCGAAAAGUUCAGGGGCUGCUUGCCUCUUCGGACUCCUCGUCCAGAAGAGCUCGACAUCAUUGGUCACUUUUCUCCAAGCGAUUACGAGAACUUUCGAAGAAAAACGAAAAAAACAAACACUCUGUACUGCGCCUCUUCCAUACAAUGCCUGUCCCCGAUUCCGAUUGCACACGGAUAUUCCUCGAAGCGUCUACUUCACCCGAUUUUGUCUUCAAAUUUUGCACACCCAAGCAGACAGCGUCGUUAGCGUCCUUAGCCAACGGGUUUGAUAACACAGGAAACAUCCGUAUAUGGCCUGGUAGUGAGGCCCUGGCUUGGGCAAUGAUCAACGAUUCGAUUCCCGUCGGAAAAAAAAGAAUUCUAGAACUCGGUGCUGGGUUUCUCGGGUUGCCAAGUUUUCUGAUUGCCUGUAAACAUCCUUUAGCGGAAGUUUGGAUUACUGAUGGUAAUGUUGAUUCUAUUAAGAACUUAAAAUGCAUUCAUUCUAUGAAUUCUGAUUUUUCUGAUCGUGCGCAAAUACACCAGCUUCUCUGGGGUCACAAUAAGUUAGGUAUAAAAUUUGAUGUAAUUUUGGCCGCUGAUUGCAUUUUUUUCGAAGAAUAUCAUGAGGCAUUGAUGGUAUGUAUUGACCAACAUUUGAAAAAAGAUGGAAUUGUUUAUAUGUCUUGUCCUCGUAGAAAGGGUAGUCUUAAUAAAUUUCUGAACCAUAUAGAAAUGUCCUGGAAACACUUUAUUGUGGAAGAUUAUUUAGAACUAAAUAGGCAAAUAGAGGAAAAACUCAACGGGGUAUACUGUAAUGAAGAAGAGAAAGAUCUUUAUUUACCAGUCAUUUUUACAAUCAGAUCUCGUUAGGCUUUAAAUGUUUUGUGUUUUUUAAACAGCAAGCUUUUCUUGGAACUGCAGAGAUUGAUUGGAUGAAUGAUAAUUUUAUUUUGAGAAUUUAUGAGAAUGAAGUUUUCAAGACGAACGUGUACAACCAUGCAUCCACGUUUUUUGUUAACUUUAAAAAAUCCUACCAGGAACUGGAAGGAGCCAUCCAAGUUGCUCUUCUAGCUACGUCAGAUCUGACCUUAUUGCGUGUUGGGCAUCGGAAUGGAAUGGAAAUGAAGUUCUCAGAAGGCACUAUCACCUGUGCAGCCGCUUUUGUCUGGGACGCCAUUGCAACUCAGUGGUCGGAUGAUUUGUCAAAUUUCAUGAAUCAUGCAAAUCGACGGAAGGUGCAAUUAGAAGACGUAGCUCUGAUAAUCAGACGAAACCCAGAAUUAGUAAGUAUUAACGAUCGCCUCGAGGCAAAAAAAAUUUGAAAUCACAGCUAAAAAUGUCUAAAAUAUUUUUUGAAUGAAUCAGUUGUAUGCUUUCAUGAAUAGAGUCGUUUUGUCUUCAGAACUUAUUUUUAGUGGCAAGCAGUGUGCAAAAUAAUUGCAUCGGAUACGAAAUUAUUAACAAGGCAGUACAGAAAAGCGAAAAAAAAACCAAUUGAGGCGAAUUACGGUACGAGUAAUUGUUCUACGAUUUUUCCUGCCAAACACGCAAUUCAUUUCAGAUUCGUCGAGUAUUCGGAUACCGUAUGAAAAGCAAUCAGCAGAUAAGAAAUUUCACUCGAACUCAGAGCAGGUGCACGAUGUAGAAGCAAUUGCUCAGGCAAAUGCGUUUCGAAAGUUACAAACGGCCGCACGCGAAUCUGAACGAACGCUUAUGGAACUGCAAGAUGAACGAUUCCUGUUGCAAGAAGAGCAAAACUUUAAACACUAUACCGUAACCUCGACAGUUCAAGAAUUUAUUGGUAGACCAAUUCAACAGAAAACGAACACGGAAUGUAAAUAUGUGUUUGUUUUCAAACGCAGACCGUUAAAUUUCUAGAUGUUGAAUACAUGGGCGUGCUAAAAGGUCCUUCUGUGAAAAAGAUAAGCACACUCGAUAUCAAUGAGGAAGAGUAAGUUAUUCCAGAAGUUAUUGUUAUCAGACUUGCAACGGGCCGGGCCGGGCUUCAAAAAUUCUACAAGGCCCCUCUGGCAAUUCGAUAUUAAUCUAAUUAGAAAGUUACUGAUCUAAACGCGACCUAAUUAGAUUCGACUGUUUUUUCUUGGCGCAAUCGAGAUUUGAGCCAGCAGACGGUUGGCGGGAAACUUGAUUUGAGCACUUAUUAAUCUAGCUAGACAAUUUAUUAAUCUAAUUAGGUGUCAUAUCAAUCGUAUUAGGCCGCCGUUAUGGGGCUAUUCAGCGUAUGUUUGUUUUCCGUUUUUUUUCGCUUUUUACAUCGCUUAAUUGGGUUUUUGACGUAAAAAAAACCAAAAAAAAACCAAAAAAAAUCGUCACAGCCUGAAUAACCCCAUUAGAUUAAUAACGAGAUGCCAGAGCCCGGCCCGUCGGGCCCGUUCAGCCAGAAAUGUUAUUAAAAAUUUUUUUUUUGUUCAGCAGUUUGAUGAGCUUUCUAUCCAUUUUCAAGUUCGAAACUGUUCGCGAAGCCAUCUUUAUCACUCGAAAACGUCUCCUCGCGCUUCUUUUAUCGAAAAUUCCGAAAAAUAGUGGAAAAUUCGCACACAUUUUUUGUGACGGGCCGCUCAGGUAAAUCGUUUGUCUAUUAUAGGGGCACCGCACAGAAAUGGCGCUCUAUUGAGAAACUCUUUUUGCAGUGCAAAUUGAGCGACCUCGGGGCCGAGUUUGAAAAGUUAGGCCACGUUUUCAGUGGAAAAAUAUUCGCGGCCUAGAAAUUCGGCCAGAUUGCGAACAGCGCGCGCUUUCUGUCCGGUGCCCCUAUAAUAGCUAGCUAAUUUGCGUUUCUAACCGGACCUAAUUGGAUUGCUAAUUUACUGCGAUUAGAUUGCAACUUCUUGCAACUGGACUGAUAAAUUUUCUAAUUAGAUUGGCGAAGCUAAUUAGAUUGCAAAAACGCUGAUAUUAGAUUCAAAAUUUAUCUAAUUAGAUUAAAAUUUCGGGCAAAACCUAGCUAGAUUUUGUUUAGAUUGCAAAAUCAGCUAACUUGAUUUAGAAAUCGGUAGCAAUCUAACUAGGUCCGGUUAGAAACGAGAAUUAGCUAGUUAGAUUAUAAACGAUUUGCCUGAGCGGGCCUUUAAAAAAAUUUCUCGUCCCGGCCCUUAUUUUGCAAAUCUGAUUGUUAUUAGUCAGAGGAUUUUUCUGUUGAGUCGCUACGCAACUAAUUUCUCAGUGGAACAGACAAAUUUGAAAAGAAUUCUGAUCUUCGACGCUUCCCGCUGCUUCCCUGUGAGAAAGGAAAAUCGUUUCCAAUCUAGCUAGCUAAUUCGCGCUAUUAACCGGACCUAAUUAGAUUGGCAAUUUACUGCGGUUAGAUUGCAAAUUCUUCUAACUAGUCUAUAGACUGAUAAAUGUUCUAAUUAGAUUGAAAAGCAAAAUUUGUCUAAUUAGAUUGCAAAAACACUGAAAUUAGAUUCAAAAUUCAUCUAAUUAGAUUAACCUUUCGGUCAAAUCUAGCUAGAUUUUGUUUUGAUACCAUUUUCAUCCAGCCAGAUUAGAAACUCGGUUUAGAUUACGAAAUCUCCUAACUAGAUUGCAAACGAUUUGCCUGAAUAGGUACUGGGGUUAUUCGGACUGUGGAAAAAAUUACUUUUUUCCCGUUUUUUUACGUCAAAAAAAUCCAAUUCAGCGAUGUAAAAAAGCGGAAAACAAACAUACGCUGAAUAGCCCCAUUAUAUUCUAGAAAAUAUUUUGAUUCCAAGACAUGGCCUCCAAAUCGAGACAUCUGCCAGCCGGAUCACGGCGCGGCUUUUGCGACGUUCACCAAACGUUUGAUCCUCAGUCUGUGCAUUUUGACACGCCGGUGUUGCUCUGCGUACAGUGCAUUUUAUGUUACCCGCAAAGUUCAUUUUUUUUAGUUUUUGAUGAAUUUUCUCCAAAUAUACAUCUGUUUAAAGCGUUUUUCUCUGCUUUCUACCUCAAUUAGACCUUUUUACAGAUUCCAGGUGAAGUAAUACGCGAAAAGAGGUCGAUGCGAUGAAAAGAAACGCGUAAGUAAGUGAAAGUAAGGUUUUAUUCAGAAAAUGCACGAUUUCUCGAAGAUUUUCUAAUCUUUUAGUUAAAAAACGUUACUUACAUUACUGAGAAUAUUUUGGACCCAAACAGUAGUAGAGUGACAGCUCGCUUUCGCGGAAAAACCGAUAGUUUACCGGAAGACAGUGAAAUUUCGUUGAAAAAAUUUUUUUUUUGCUUCUACGAACUGUCACUCUAAUUUUUUUGGUUCGAAAACAUUCACAGUCAUGUAAGUGAACUAUUUAAACAAAAAAAGUGGAAAAUCUAGAGACGGUUUUUGAGAAAAAAAUUUUUUUCAACGAAAUGUCACUGUUUUCCGGCAAAAAACCAAUUUUUACGCGAAAGCGAGCUGUCACUCUACUUUUUUUUGAUUCGAAGACAUUCACAGUCAUGUUAGUGAACUUUUUAAAUCAAAAGAUUAGAAGAUCUAGAUACGUUUUUCGAGAAAUCGUAUAUUUUCUGAAAAAAACAUUACUUCCAUUUACUUACGCGUUUCUUUUCAUCACAUCGACUUCUUUUCGCGUAUUACAUCAUCUGGAAUCUGUAAAAAGGUCUAAUUGAGGUAGAAAGCAGAGAAAAGGCUUUAAAGAGAUGAAUAUUUGGAGAAAAUUCAUCAACAACUAAAAAAAAUGAGCUUUGCAUGUAACAUAAAAUGCACUGUACGCAGAGCCACACCGACGCGCAAAAAUGCAUACCAUUUGGCUGCGUAUGUUGCGAAAGUCGAGUCCGUGACAAAAGGUCGGAAAACCAAAAAGGUCGGAAGACAAAAGGUCGGAAAGCCAAAAGGUCGGAAAAAAGUGACAAAAGGUCGGAAAAAAGUGACGAAAGGUCGGAAAAAAAUGACAAAAGGUCGGAAAAAAAUGAGAGAAGGUCGGAAAAAAAAUGACAAAAGGUCAGAAAAAAGUGACAAAAGGUCGGAAAAAAAGUGACAAAAGGUCGGAAAAAAUGCCAAAAGGUCGGAAAAACUGCUAAAAUACCUGUUUUCUGGCUUUUUGUAAUUUUUUUCCGACCUUUUGGCAUUUUUCCGACCUUUUGGAAUUUUUUCCGACUUUUUGGCAUUUUUUCCGACCUUUUGUCAUUUUUUUCCGACCUUUUGUCACUUUUUUCCGACCUUUUGUCAUUUUUCCGACCUUUUGUCACUUUUUCCGACCUUUUUGUCACUUUUUCCGACCUUUUGUCACUUUUUUCCGACCUUUUGUCACUUUUUUCCGACCUUUUGUCACUUUUUUCCGACCUUUUGGCUUUCCGACCUUUUGGCUUUCCGACCUUUUGGCUUUCCGACCUUUUGUCACGGACUCCGAAAGUCGCGCCGUGGCGGAUCGCGGGUUUUUCAGUCCGCUGAAAAAAACCCGCGAUCGGAUGUCAAACGUCUAAAAUAUUGAGUUUCAUCCCGUGGGCGACUGUUUUUAUCAAAUCUCACUCCCACUCCUGAUUCUGUAAACGCGGAUGGAAUUUUUCUAAAAAUCACUGAUGGGCCUAUUCACACGGGAAAGAGAUUUUUUUUCUGAUUUGAAUCAAGCAUAUUUUUGCAGACUUCCAAAACGAGAGCGUUCGUCAGAGACGGGAGCGACGAAGAGAUCUUCAAAAAAAAGUGAUGCAUUCGCUGAGUUCGAUUUUGAUAUAUAG